CUCUAUUCCAUUCGUCCAUCAUCCUGUCUGUGAGCACACACACACACACAUAGACACAAACACACACACACACAUAAACACACACUGCACUCUGCAACUCAACAUUAACAUUAACAGAUGUGUCACUCUCAUCACCCCCAGGACUCUGAGCGCCUCUCAUAGAGGUGGUCAUAUCAGACAGUGGUGGGAUGGGGGAGAAGAGAGAGUGAGAGAAAGGGUGGGGUGGGAGAGAGAGAGAGAGGGAGAGAGAGUGUGUAUGUGCGAGAGUGAGCGAGUGACAGGGGCUUUGCAGAGGAGCCACAGAUCAAACGAGGAACGAGGCACACGAGAGAAGAAAAGACUUGCAUUCUCUCCACUCCAUUCGUCCACACCUCCCCUGCUUCUUAUUCCUUGUCCCUCACACACACAGACAUACUUGGCUCUCGCUUUCUUCUCAGCACCCCUGUUGUCACGCCAGCACUAGACCCGCAGGCUGCGUAAUCUCUGGCUGGCUCAAGCUCUCAGAGAGUCACAGUGGGCUUGUCGCUGUGGGAAACUCAUUGAUUCUCACAGUGCUAAAAGGGACAGCUGGCUAAUCAACAAUGCUUCUUUCGCUGAUUUACAUCCAUGGCAGUGGGACACUCGAGCGUGCAAGGGAGACCCACUGACAUCGGCCACAACCCCUUCUGCCACCUGCUGCAACCUUGGGAAGCACUAGGGAGCGCAAUCCCAGAAGAAAUAAGUCCUGGACACAGAAGUUCCUGGUCCCUCAAAGCUGGUCAAGAUGGUUUCCACAGGUGGUUUAUCUUGAGUAAAAGCUCUAGGAGAUGUGGAGUUCCAGGAACAUGGGCUUUCAAGUCACCUUGCUGCUGUUGCCUUUUCUUCUGCCCCCCUUGGUGUCUGCUCAGCUCCGGUCCAGCUCAGACUCUGAUGGACUAGAUGCCACCUCAUCCCUCUCUUACUCAAGUUCCACAGCAGAAGAGGAGCUGGCCAGCAUGCAGAUGACAAGCGUAGGCCCAAGCCCAAAGGUAGUGAUGAAGGAGGUGGACGCAGAAAAAGAAGAUGAAGGAGAUAAAGGCGAGGAGAAGGAAGAGGAGGACUCGUCCAUGCCUGAGAAUUACCUCUACACCGGCGAUGCCUCUGCCCUCAGUUCUACCAGAUGUCGCCGGCCCUUCCAGCUGUCCCCCCAGCGUGGCACUUUCCCGCCGGACCUGAGGCCUCUCUUGUGGCAGGCUGCUGUGUCCCUCACCAAUGCUGCCAACUUCCUCAACCUCAUCUUCCAGGCCAGUGAGCUGCGGGAGACCAGUGUGCGGGAGGACAUUGAGUGGUACCAUGCACUGGUGCGGGGCAUGCUGGAGGGCGACAGGCCUGGCCUAGUCCGAAGGGCCUUGCUGACUUUUGAUGCCGAUCCUACGGCACCGCAACCACAGCUGGUGCUCCGCGCCUCUAGGGGCCCUUCGCAAGACAUCUACCUGCAGGACCUCACUUUGACCUGGGAGAGCCUUAUCUCUCCCCCCUCUGGUCACAGCUGGUUCACCUCGCUGAAGUCCAGCAUGCCACCCCUCCCUGGCCUGUCAAAACGGGUCCUGCUCAAUGACCUCAGCACCCUGGACACACCCAAGUGGGCACGUGGGGAUAGCUACAUCACCAAUAGCAGUGGACUUCGGUGGGGUGAGACGCCUUUCUUGGAGUGCGAGGACGGUCGUUACUUGCCUGGAUGGCUCCUUACCCUGUCAAUACCCUUUUAUGGGCUGAAGCCGGACCUCAGCCCAGAGUUCAGGGGGGUGGUCCGUGUGGAUGUGAAUAUUCAGGGUUUUGAUGUGGACCAGUGUGCCAGCGGAAAUGUGUGGUUUUCAGACACACAUCAAUGUAACCGGACCAGCAUGGAGUGUGACCCAAUUCCAAGGCAGGGCUUUCGACUGGGCCAGUACUGCUGCCGCUGUAAAGAGGGAUACUACAGCCCACCAUCAAAUUACAAGAACAAAAUGGCUGAUGGUUCAAAUAGUACCCGGACUUGUUACCCUAACCUGCCAGUUUGCCUACCCUGCUGGCCUGGCUGUAAGCAGUGCAAGGACAGUUCCCCCUGUUGGGUGCAGGAAGACUGGCUCCUGCGAGCGGCGGUCCUGGCUGUGCAGGGUAUCUUCAUGGCUCUUGUUCUUCUCAGCAUGUUGAGGGCAUACCAGUGUCGCAGGACCAAGCGGAUCCGAGCCUCAGGCCUGAUGCUGCUGGAGAUGAUUCUGUUUGGGUCUCUGCUCCUUUACUUCCCGGUCUUCAUCUUGUAUUUCAAACCCAGUACUUUCCGCUGCAUCCUACUCCGCUGGGUCCGUCUGCUUGGCUUUGCCAUCGUUUAUGGAACUUUGACACUGAAAAUGUAUCGGGUGCUGAAGGUAUUCCUUUCACGUACUGCCCAGAGAGUCCCCUACAUGUCUAGUACUACUGCAAUGAAGAUGCUGGGAGUGAUGGUUCUCACUGUGAGCUGGUUUUUGUGUGCAUGGACUGCGGGGGUCCUACAAAACCGAGAUCGCAAUGUGCCUGUACUGAUUACAUCGACCACUUCAGAUGGACAAGGCUUCAGUGUGUGUGACCUGGACCGGUGGGAUCAUAUGAUGGCUGUGGCGGAGUUAUUGUUCUUGUGCUGGGGGAGCUUCCUCUGCAAUGCAGUGAAGGCUGUUCCCUCUGCCUUCCAUGAGCCUCGCUACAUGGGCAUUGCCAUCCACAAUGAGCUGCUCCUCUCCGCCAUGUUUCAUCUUUUUAGAUUUGCAAGGCCAUCUCUUCAUCCUGACUGGAUGCUCCUGUUGUUCUUCACCCAUACUCAUGUCACAAUCACUGUAACCCUUGGUCUGCUGUUCCUUCCUAAGUUCCUUUACAUAUCUCGACCUGUCAAAGAAGAGGUUGCUGCAGAGGUUUAUGAGGAUGAGGUGGACCUACGACGUUCAUGCUCUUAUCUCAACAGUAGCUUUACAUCUACCUGCUGGAGCGACCACAGCCUGGACCCUGAUGACAUCCGGGACGAGCUGAAGAAACUUUAUGCGCAGUUGGAAGUCCACAAGACCAAAAAGAUGGCGAACAACAACCCACACCUGCAGAAGAAGCGCAGCUCUCGGCUUACGCUUGGACGAUCCCUUAUUAAGCGCAUAGCGGAGAUCCCAGAGAGCCUGAGUCGCCAGUGCAGUCGUGAGGAGAAGGACAUGUCAGGGAUUGGAGGAAUGCGAAAGUGGUCUGGAGCUUUCAUGUCAACUCCUGACAGCGCUAGUAUAAAGAAUGAGACAGUAAAGCUACCGUCUCCAAAGAUGCGAAAGUCUCUUAGUGCCUAUGAGUAUUACCCAGAGAAGGACAGCUCCCGGAAAUCCUCGAUGAGAAACUCCAUUGAUAAGAGGUCAUCGCAUAUCUCAGAGGCGGAAUCUAUUGACACAGCAUUACUUAUUUGUAAGUCAGCCAGCGCUCACAAUCUUGCUGUAGACAAUAACCUUCUUCAGCCUGUCUCUACCCGGUUUCAGAAGUCUCUUAGUUUCACCGAAAAGCACAGAGAUCAUUAUCCUCUUUGCCCUACUAGAAGCAUGGAGGAUGCGUCACUUGCUGCCAAAACAAGUCCUGUACAGAAGGUUCAACGACCACAGGGCUCUAUCAAAGAGCAAACCUCAAAUGCCUUGCUUUGUCUGUCGUUCGACAAGUCUGAGGUCUGCCCUUGGGAGGUUGAAGAGGAACAGCCUGCAGGCAAAAACCUGUCGAACCAAAAGCACGUCACUUAUUCUCUCUCUCAGGAACAGCCCCCAACACCUGAGACCGCAUCAUCACCUACCCGACUCUUUGUCUGUCCCUGGGAAGGUUUGCCUCCCCCUCCUCCUCCAGCAGCAGAAGGAGGGCUUGUGGCAGAUGCAGAUGUUGACUCUCCAAGGCCAAAACCUCCCAUCUCCUCUAGUGCUCCAGGAUCACCACAUGGCUUUGCCAAGCCAAAGGACCACCGUGGUUUCUCCUUCCGCUCUGCCACUCAAAGCCUCCUUGUGGUAAGAGGCUUGGGAAAAGGGAGUGGCAAAGAUAAAAGUAAAAGCGACACUAACAGUAAAGAUGACACAUCCCAACAGACCCGAGCCACAUCAAUGAAACUGACCCCAGGCACUGCUGCGACUUCAGGGAGAAGGACACCACAAACACCAAGACGAGCUAUGACCACUGUUGAAACAAAACCUUGCCUUGUGAAACAGGAAGCAGUAAGACUAUCAUCAUAUGAUUCCCCAGAAAGAAGCCCAAAAGGCAGUGCUCUAACUCAAAUCUGCCCAUGGGAAUCAAAGGAGAUAGUAAUGGAGGUCAAAAAACUAAAUCCCUAUGAAGGUAUAAUACAAAAACAAGGCAGCAAACAUAGACUGUCACUGACCCUCAGCACUGACAGCAACAAAUCAUCUUUGCUCCAUGUUAGACCUUCACUGACUGUUCCAAAGGCAGACGUAUGUCCAUGGGAUGUUCCAACCAAGCCUCAGCUAGUACAUCAACAAAGCAGCAUUGCUAAUAUUUGCCCCUGGGAAGUGGAGGAAUCAGAUCAAUUACAAGCCAAGGAAGCACGUGAUGAUAUUUGUCCUUGGGAAACAGAUGACCAAGAACCACAAAUGACAAAAGAGAAAAAAGACUUAUUAAAUAUUUGUCCUUGGGAGACCUCAGAAGUGGUGUCUAGUACUGACCAUAAAUCUAUGGAAGGAUUUGAACAACGGCGAAGCAGUAUAAAGCCUGACGUGUGUCCUUGGGAUGUGUCAGAUACCAGUACCCCUCAGGUUAAACAAGAUCCUGCCAAACCAACUUCUGAAGUAAUAAAGCCAACAGAGAGAGUCAUAUAUGUAAAUACCCAUCCAAACGAGAGCCCCUUAAAUAAGAAGGGUCCAGGUGAACAAGAGAAAAUUAGCAGUGAUGUGUGUCCAUGGGAAACAAGUGAAGCACAGAUGCAACAAGAAGAUGCCCGUGCUAAUGUGUGUCCCUGGGAAUCAGGGCAGGACAAGGGCCCUGAAACAACCAAGGGAACCGACUCAGACAGUAGAACUAAAACACGUCUGUUAACUAAACAGCUCACCAGUAAUGCGGAAGCAUGUCCAUGGGACUACUCAGAGUCUUCUCAACCAGACGUCAAAGGGCCUGAAAGUCAAGAAAGGGUACAUUCUAACAUAUGCCCAUGGGAAUCGGAACAGACACCAAAAACCGAUGCUAAAGAACAGUCACAAGAAGCUGCCCCAGUCAAGAAAAAUCUUCUGACUAAACAGAUGACAAACACAGCAGAAACAUGUCCUUGGGAUUUCCCUGAAGCCACACCUACAGUAACAAAAUCAGAGGGAGCAUCUUCUAAUCCAAAUAAAGAAACAGCUGAGGUAACAUCACAGAGUUCUGCCACAAAGAAUGCAAAUGUAUGUCCAUGGGAGGCAGAGCAGUCUGAGCGAACAGAAGGAAAAGGCAGUAUCAAAACCAAGGAGCGAGAGAAAUCUCUCCUGAAACAAGACAGUAAACAUGCAGAUGUUUGUCCAUGGGAAACUAGUGAGCCAGUCAGAAAGCAGGAGGUUGCUUCUUCAGAGGUCUGUCCUUGGGAAACUGAUGGACCAGUCAGAAAACAAGAGGCUGGUUCUUCAGAGGUCUGUCCCUGGGAAACUGGUGAGCCAGUCAGAAAGCAAGAGGCUGGUUCUUCAGAGGUCUGUCCCUGGGAAACUGGUGAACCAGUCAGAAAACAAGAGGCUGGUUCUUCAGAGGUCUGUCCCUGGGAAAUUGGUGAGCCAGUCAGAAAGCAAGAGGUUGGUUCUUCAGACAUCUGUUCUUGGGAAACUGGGAAGCCGGACACUGAACAGCCAGUAAAAUCUUACCAAAAACAAGCAAGUCUUCAUUCGAGGCAGUCAAGUGAGCGAGAAAAGCCAGUUCAAAAGCAAGAAAGCAUUUGUGCUGAUAUUCGCCCCUGGGACACAGAGCAAUCACCUAAACUAACUAGUAGUCAAGAUAAGUCUCAAGCAGAUAUAUAUCCUCAAAAACAUGAAGACUCAGAAAUAUCAAAAAUGCAAGAAGGUGCCUGUGCAGAUGAUGCCUCUGCAAUUCCAGGGUAUGAAGAAGUCAGUGGUGAUCAAUGUGUCACUCAAAUCAUUCAAACAGAUGCGCCACUGUCUGCAGGUAGCGCACAUACUCCACAAGGGUCUAGAGGUACUCGACCUCUGACCCGAUGUGAUGCUCUGUGUCCAUGGGAAAUCGAGGGAGAACCACAAGCAUCCAUAAUAGAGCAUGAUAACAACUCAGAUGUUUUUACAUGGGAGGAACCAAUACCAGAGGAGGAAGAAGGUGAUGCAGAAACUGCUGCUGAGGCCUUUAUUUUCCCACCUGACUUAUAAACUGUUUAGCACUGUGCUUUGAUCUUCGAGGACAUAAAACAACAAAUUGACAAAUGUUACAAACUGAGCCACCAGGCAUACAGUACAAUGUAUUCCUGGCACCUUGCGAAAUGCAGUGGCUACCAUUGAGGAAGACUGCUAUAGUGAAUAUGGCAUAGUACUUCUCAAAUGUCUGCUCGUUAAGAAAAUGCAAAGACUGAAAACCAUGGUGUUAAAUUGGUGCCCCCAUCUAAGUGCACAUUCCUCUUUGGUCCUAAAUUAUUAUCAGUCCCUGUUUGAGCUUGUUAUCGUUUUGUGUGUCUUUGUGUUUGUAUGCCAGUUCAGUUUCUUUAAUCAUGAGUCACACGUCUGCAUCACCUUCAGAUCUGAGAGAAUACCUGGUCUAACGAGAGAAAUACCAGUCAAGAACAAGAGCAUGUAUAUGGUUGUCAGAAUAUUUUUAUUACACUUCAGAUUUCUCUUGUAGUGGAAUUUCAUUAGGUGAGAACAUUAAUUCUGCAUCUGCUCAAUGAAUGCACUUGUUUUCUGUGAUAUAUACCCAGCUCUGAAACAUGCACCGCGUUCAUGAACAAAACAACUGCCAUGGCAGUGAUGCAUGUGAAACAGUGUUCAGGAAAUGUUCAGUACCACCUGUGACUACCAUAAGCUAUUUCUAAAGAUGUUUUGUUUACAUUCAAUUUGAUAUAUAAAUGUAUACAUUUAUUAAAAGAAUUGUUUUGUUUACAAAUGCUGUAAAUAUAAACAAACUAUUUUGAACUUUCAAAUCAGUUUCAUGUCAUUGACUCCUGGCCUGUUGUCAGCUAUUGCAUUCAGUGGUGCAUCUGAGUUUGAGAAGUGAAACACAAAACUGAUUAAGUUCUUCUGUCCUCACAUUUGAAAUACAGAACCAGUCUAAAGU